AAAGCCGACGCAGUGGAAGAAAGAUCACAGUCGACGGUACAGCCAGAGUCAUCACAACAUCGAACAUUGCCGGUAUACAGUCUAGGGCCCAGGAACACUGUCUCACUUUACAGUCGAUCUUCUAAGAAGGCCUGAGAGACCACCAUGCGCUGGUUUGUAGUUGCGCUCUCCGUGGUGGUUCUUGUAACGCAGGCGUUGGAGGGAAGUCCGGUGAAGAAGAGCGGGGACGCCGCCGGGGGUGAAGCAUCGGAGAAACAAAAGAAGAAGCUGCUUGAUGACGUCAUGGAACAACUCCGCGUCUUGGGGUCUGAGAAGAAACAGGAGUCCCGUCAGGCCGUGCUCGGAGAUGAUUGUGACUAUGCCUGUGAGACGACCUACUCCUACUACUCCAGCUGUAUCCCCCAGUCCUAUGUGUGUGACGGAGAUGAGGACUGUACUACCGGAGAGGACGAGUUACACUGCUGGGGAAGUGAACCAGUCCCUGAGUUUGAGCUCUACACCGUGCACCCCCCUCCCAUCAUGGGCGGGCCGGGCACCUAUCCGGGACCAGACCACGGGUAUGUUCCGGAAGAUUGCAACUUCUUCUGUCCAAAUGACGCGUACCACUACUGUGUUCCGGAUUCCUGGCAGUGUGACGGAUAUCCGGAUUGUUCCAACGGCACUGACGAGCAGCACUGCGAAGCAGUUGGUCCUACAGGAUUCCCCACUCACUACCCAAUACCACCAAGUGCCUACCGACCGGAUGUGUACUAUCCGGAAAACUGUACGUUCCUGUGUGACAACGACAUGAACGGAUACUGCAUUCCGGAGUCCUGGGAGUGUGACGACUAUCCGGAUUGUCAUGACGGAAGCGACGAGCUUCACUGUGACGGAUCCGGAGGGCAUCACGUCGUUUGCGACCCGACAACUUUCCUGGGACCUGGAGCAGAAGUGCCUGUGAUUGUUGGACUCCUGGAAUCCGUGUCAUCCUUACCAAUUCACGACCUGAUGGCCAUGCUUAAUGGGUCAAAGCACAAUGGAGGGCCGCUGCCAGAUGGUUUUGGUAUGCCUGGCGGAUUUCCAGAACCUCACGGAUUUCCGGAACCUCACGGAUUUCCGGAACCUCACGGAUUUCCGGAUCCUCACGGAUUCCCGGAACACAGUGGAUUCCCUGAACCCCACGUGGAUCCAACUGAUCCAUACUUGAUUGAUCAUGGGAUGUUCGGAGGGCCUUACAGCUACAUCAUCAAGAAGUCUUCUCAGGCGAAGAAAUCUGCUAUCCAGGCCGCCAAGGAACUGAAGACGGCUGCUGCAAAGAGGAAGGCUGAACUUCAACAACUUCUCCGCCAGGAGGCACCCAACGGGAAAGCCGUCCUUGCGCAUGCCCAGAAGCAAGCCAGAAAGUGGUUCAACUCCAAAGUGCGAAGCGUCGCGUCAUUGGUGAAGACCUACAACCACGCGACACGUGACCUGGCCAACCUGAAGCGCAAAGCUGAGGCUCCGAAGAUAUAAACAUCUGGUCUGAAAAAUUUCUCUUUUCAUUAAAGAGAGGGAAUCGAACGGACAUGGAAAACGACAUGGAAACAACUUCUUGAUAGAAGCUUUAAUACUGUAGGCAACCUGCUUGCAUGUGUACACGUGCGUGUAUUUGUGUGUGAGCAUAUAGCAUAAACAUUUAUUCAUCACUAAAUGAAGUUUCCUUCAGAUGUUCCUUUUGGCGGGUUGUUAUUGAGCAGUAUAUGUAUACGAGUGUUUUGGGCUCCACCUGGAAUGUUCAGAGUGUGAUUCA